AUGAGCGACGAGGUGGUAUGGCACUGCAUCCGCCACGGCCACUGCAGCUUCAUGGCCAAGUUCACGACGGGGAUCUUGUGCCGGAACCCCUACAAUGUGACGGGAAUCUGCAACCGGAGCUCCUGCCCCCUCGCCAACAGCCGCUACGCCACCAUCCGUGACCACGACGGUAUUUUCUACUUGUAUAUGAAAACUCCUGAGAGAGCUCACAUGCCAAACAAAUUGUGGGAGAGGGUUAAGCUGCCCAAGAAUUACGAGGACGCUAUGGAAGUGGUCAACAAGCAUCUGGAAUUCUGGCCCAAGUUACUUGUGCUCAAGAUCAAGCAGCGAUUGACAAAAAUGACACAGUAUCGAAUACGGAUGAGGAAACUUCAACUGAAAGUGAGGGAGAAGGUAAUGACAGUGCCUAGAAAGAAGAUACAACGUGAUCGUGGGAGAAUGGAGAAAGCUGAAAGGGCUGCACAAAUAGACAAGAGUAUUACUAGCGAAUUAUUGGAACGCCUGAACAGAAAUAUGCAUGGGGAUAUUCCAAAUAUCCCCUUUAAACCGUCUGGGAAAUUAAUUGAUGAGAUGCUUAGUGAGUAUGAAGAGGAGCAUGAAAAUGAGAUUGAAUAUGUUGAAGGUGAUGGGAUCGAAGAGGAUAUGGAAGACAUGGUAGAUUUUCAAGACCUCUGUAGUGAUAAGUAUGGUGGCAUAGAUCAAGAUGAUCUCAUACAUCAGCCAGUUACAAAGAAACAAAGGGGAACAUGCUCUGUUUCCAGUUCCAGGCCAAUUAUUGGAACCAAGUCGAGAAAGGUUAUCACCGAGGUUGAAGAAGAUGAACACACCAAACCGGGGCAGAGGACACUUGCGUGA